AUGUCGUCGUUUGUAAAUAAUAAAAGUGACCCAACAGAUGAACAAAUUAAGAUUGCAGAAAUUAAAUUAUCAGGUUUCUUAGCGGAACACAACAUAGCGUUUUUAGCUAUGGAUCAUCUUGAACCAUUAUUAAAAAGUAUAUUUCCCGAUUCUAAAAUUUGCCAAAAAAUGAGGUUAAAACGAACAAAAGCAACAAACAUCAUUAAAAAUAUAAUUUCUCCUGUUGAAAAAGAAUCGCUAUCGAGUAUACUAAAUAAAACUAAAUUUUCUGUCAUGAUUGACGAAUCCACUGAUAUUGCAUGUAUAUCAACAAUGUGUAUUGUUGUACGCUAUAGUGGUGAUAAUAAGAUUAAAACACAGUUUUGGGAUUUGUUACCCGUGUAUAAUUUGGAAAACCCCGAGGAAGUUAAUGCUGGCGCUACCGCUGAAAACAUUUUCAUAAAUGUUAUUGAUGCGUUCAAAAAGCAUAAUGUCAAUGUUGAAAAUAUAAUAGGAUUUGGAUCCGAUGGUUGUUCGACGAUGAUGGGUAAAAAUAAUUCGGUGUCUAGCAGAAUGAAAGAAAUGUUUCCUGGUGUAUUUAUAAUGAAAUGUAUAUGCCAUUCACUACAUUUAGUUUGUAGUGAAGCUUGUAAAUCGUUACCAAGGAGGUUAGAAGAUUUUGCUCGAAACGUUUUUAAUUUCUUUUCUCAUAGUAGCAAACGACAAAGUCAAUUCGUCCAGUUUCAAGUAUUUUUGAAUUUAGAUGUGCACAGAAUAUUACAUCCUUCCCAAACAAGGUGGCUUUCCUUGUUUAGUGUUGUUGAGCGAUUAUUGGAACAGUGGGAUGCCCUUCAAUUAUUUUUCAGUGAAAAGUGGCUAUCAGAAAAAUUAUUAUCGGCAGAAUCUAUUUUUAACCAGCUAAACGAUCCAUUUACAAAAGGAUUUUUUUAUUUUCUUGAGUGGAUUUUACCCAAAUUCACUAUGCUCAACCAAUAUUUUCAAACAGAUCAAAUAGUUUUAAAUACAUUACAUGAAAAAAUGGAAAUAUCUUAUAAAGAUUUAUUAAUGGUCUAUAUGAAAAGAGAUUAUGUUUUAAAAACUCCCCUAUCAGAAUUGGAUCCAACGCGUAACGAUCAAUUUUUAAAACAUUCUGAUAUCUAUUUAGGAGUCAAAAUUAUGAACCACAUUUUACUUGACUCUGUAAAAAGAAGGCAAGAUUUGUUGACAAACUUCUACAUGAACUGUGUUGAGUUUUUAAAAGUGAGUUGUGUACAAAUAAAAAAACGGUACGAUUUUUCUGAUCCCAUUCUACCUUUAUUAAAUAUUCUCACACCGUCUGUUGCUCUUUCUGAUAAAAAGAGAUCCAAAUACAACACAAUAAAUAGUAUACUGUGUCUUACUCAAAAACUCCCCAGGAUAGUAAAAACUGAUUUACUACAAGUAAUUGAUGAUCAAUGGCGUUUAAUGUGUUUAGUAAAUUUUUCCGAUGAUAUUACCAAUGAAAAAGAACCAGAUCAAUUUUGGAUAAAAAUAAAAAAUUUAGAAUCUCAACAAUUCCAAGAGUUAGCAACAUUUGCAUUAUCAGUUAUGUCAUUGCCGCAUUCGAAUGCAUGCUGCGAGCGAAUAUUCAGUAAAGUUAAUAGAAUAAAAACCAAGUCAAGAAAUAAACUAAUAACUAAAACUGUUUCAGCAACUAUAAUGACAAGUGAAGCUAUAAAAAAUGGUUCAUGCUACAAUUUCCAACCAUGCAAAAAAAUGGUUGAUUCUAUGACAUCUAUAAAUUUGUAUCCCACAAAGAUUAAUGACGAGAUAGAAAAGAGUGACGAUUUUAUUUUAGAUGAUUAA